CCUGGGAAGCUGGAAUUGAGCUCUGAAAAAGGGCCAUAGACACCUCGAAUUGCCCACUCAAGCCUACCCACUUCGACAGCCUGAGCCACCACCUUUCCUGCCCCGGGGGAAGCAUUAUGGGCCGCCUUUGCGAUGACAGCAUCUUCAGGAGGACCAAAGGAAAACGUUUUCCGAAAGACCUCCAGUCCCGCUUCUUUAAAACGUCUCAUUUUGGGGCUCCCACAAAAUUCACACAACCACACUGAGGCCGGAAGUGGUUUUGCCACUAUAAAACAUGGCGGAAAGCUUUUCCGUCUCCAAGGGAACAUCACGUAAUGAGUCGACACGGUGCGAAAUUAUUAUGCGCAAGCGUAGAAACACGCGCUACCGGAAGUGAUGGUGCCCCUACCGACCCUAUUGGUUUAGUACGCGUACUCCGCAGGCUCUUCCGGCAGCUGCGCUGUGCAAAUGGUGGAGAAGAAGACCUCGGUUCGCUCGCAGGACCCCGGACAGCGGCGGGUGCUGGACCGGGCUGCCCGGCAGCGUCGCAUCAAUAGGCAGCUCGAGGCUUUGGAGAAUGACAACUUCCAGGAUGACCCCCACGCAGGACUCCCUCAGCUCGGCAAGAGGCUACCUCAGUUUGAUGAUGAUGCAGACACGGGAAAGAAAAAGAAGAAAACUCGGGGUGAUCAUUUUAAACUUCGCUUCCGAAAAAACUUUCAGGCCUUGCUGGAGGAGCAGAACCUGAGUGUGGCCGAGGGCCCCAACUACCUGACAGCCUGUGCGGGGCCCCCAUCCCGGCCCCAGCGCCCCUUCUGUGCUGUCUGUGGCUUCCCCUCCCCAUACACCUGCGUCAGCUGUGGUGCCCGCUACUGCACAGUGCGCUGUCUUGGCACCCACCAGGAGACCAGGUGUCUAAAGUGGACCGUGUGAGCGUGGGUGUCUCCACAGAGAAAUGACCUCUGCACACCUGGCCUCUCAGAGGCAUUGCCAAAGGAGGGGGGCUCCCCCUGGACUGAAGGAGAAGCUGUUUGCUCACUCAGCACAACUGCAUCUCACCUGCCAGGGAAGGCCAGUCGCACUCCCAGGGACUCAGGCAGGAGGUGGGUCGAGCCUGCAGAGUAUCGUUGUAAUAAAGGCCUAGUGCCAGGA